GCUGUUAAGGAGAGACCCCGCAACCAUCCCUUCAUAAUCAUGGAUUCAUAUGCUAAUAAUUAAUAUUUCUCACUUCACUCUCUCUGCCUCCCUCUCGCAGUCUCGCCCGCCCAAAAAGUAGAAUCCCUAGCUCGGAUAAGAUCUGAACCAUCGUCGACUCUCAACCUCUCUCUUCGCUUACCUUUCUCGUUCUACUUGUCUCUGUCUCUCUAUCCCUCUCUCGUACUGCAACAAGCUAUGCUGUUCUGAUGGACAGUCUCGUGCUCGGUUUCGCCUUUCGCUGUAGGGUUUUGAUGUGAAAAUGGGUUGCAUGGAUUGAUUUCUGGGAAUUAGGGUUUAUGACGCCUAAGGAUUCAGAGACUAUGAAUGGUUCUUGGUUCUUUAACGAAAAUUUCAAUGGUGUUCCGGAUGAGUUCUUCGAUGACCUUAUUAUACAAGCUGAUUUCCCUUUGGAAGACCUGGAACCAAACAAUGAAGGAGAAGACUGGGAAAUCGAAUUCCAAAGUCUUGAGCCCCCACCUGCGAAUAUUUUGGUAAGUUUGUGCAAUAGUUUUUGUGAUGAUGUUUGCAAGGAUGCUUUUCCAGUUUCCGAAAGAUUGGGAAAUGAACCUAAGGCUAAACCAUGGUCGGGGACUACUGAAUCCUCCUCCCGCAAAAGCAUUCACCCCCAAAGUGAUGCUUCUGAUGAAAAAAAUUCACGCGUGUUUCAGACCUCAAGUCCAGUGUCUGUCCUUGAAAACAGCAGCUCUUCCUUGGUUGAAAAUCCCAUAUCCUAUCGCCCAAAAUUUAUCCCAAUGAAGCGACCGCGAAACAAGCGUCCACGGCCUUCAACCUUCAAUCCGUGUCGUAUGCUCCCUUUUAUCACCUCCACUUUCUCAGCUUCCAGAUCUCAUACUUUGGCUGCUUCUGAGUCAGUAUCCAAAACCUACUAUGUGCAGACAGCGGAGAAAACAUUGGAUGUUGCCAAGAAGAAACAGAAGAAGAAGAACCUGACUCUGCUUUCAUGUGAGAUGGAGCUUGAGAAAUCCUCUUCACGGCGGCCAUCCUCUCAGCCACCAGGUCUAACCAGAAAAUGCACUCAUUGUGAGGUGACAAAGACCCCACAAUGGAGGGAGGGCCCACUUGGGCCAAAAACUCUUUGCAAUGCUUGUGGGGUUCGUUACAGGUCUGGUCGCCUCCUCCCUGAAUAUCGUCCUGCUGCAAGUCCAACUUUUGUCCCAUCAUUGCACUCCAACUCCCAUAAAAAGGUUGUUGAGAUGAGAACUAAUGCUUGUCAGCCGCCCACUACAGUUGUAAGGGAGAAUACAAUGGCUUCCUCUGGUUAGAACUUUGUUUAAUUUUUUUCUUAGGAUGGUAAGCUUUGUAGUCGGGAGUUUUCUUGUUUCUCCUGUUUUAGUCUCUAUUCAAUUUUAGGUUGAUUUGUUUCUUGUACAUUAGUCGAAUAAGUGCGAUGAAACUUAGAUGAGCCCAUAUUUGGCAGCAGGGAGAAGUCCAGAAAUUACUUGAAGAAGUAGCUAGAGAAUUCAAGAUAGAUGUUCGAAUUAGGGUAAUUGUUUCUUAUGCCCUAUUUGUGAUGUUUAACGUGUUUUGAACCCUUUUAGGAAAAGAGCAAGUUGGAGAAGUCGUAGAAGUGAGGGAGUGGAGCUUAGAGGAGCUAUUAGGUCUUAAAAUAAAUAUAUACUAUUUGUUUAUUCUUGAAUGAGGAUGGUAGAAGAUAUCUGAACUACUGGUGGGAGCCUCCAUGGUUUUCAGGUCCUGUUUGGUUCGCAGAGAUGUAAUUCUGUUGCCCAAUGCAUCGCUAGAUUUGCUUUAAAGUGUUCAAUUUCAUUCCAUGUAUUUGGAAUACAUCACAUGAGCCUUAUUGGCGGAUUUGGUGCCGCAUAUUUCUUAAUGAUAUACAGAUUUCCUUUCGGAAAAAA